AUGUCGGAAAAAGAAACAAAGCCAAGAGAAUAUUUAAUUAAUUUUGCAAAAGUUGUAGCAGUUGAAGUUGAAUCGAACGAUAUAUUAGUUCCUCCGGCUUUAACUUUUUGUAUAGAAAAUAACCUAACUUGCAAUUUCACUGUCACAGUUCACAAUUCACGGGUUGGAGCAGGAAAUGAUUACAUAACCAUGUUUGCCCCAGAAAACUUGACCGAAUUUUUAAAGUUAGAUCCUGAUAUUAAUAGGGUAAUACAUUUUAGCAGAACCAAAAAUAUCAAUAUAAACAACAAAGUAACAAAUGAUGUAAAAUGUAGCAUCAUUGAUGAAUUCCAUGAACCUCGACCAGAU